AUGGUUCUUGGUAUUACUAGAUCUCGCUGGCACGUCCCUGUCCAGGUCGUUGGUACAAUCGUUGCCUUCCUCGCCUAUUUCCUCGGCCACUUGCACAAGGGUCGCCAAUUCGCACCGAAUAUCCAUGCCCUUUAUGCAAAUUCGCUAAUGCUUAUGCUCAUUUGCCAAAUAGUUUUGGGCAUAUAUUUAAGACUUCAUCUCACAAAAGGAAUUCAUGGCAAACUUCGCUAUUACAUUGUCACUGUGCAUGGUGUCAUCGGCAAAAUUAUGCCUCUUGUCACUUGGAUUCAAAUGCUAUUUGGUGGCAUAACUGCGUUGGGUUUCUGCCACGAUGAUCAUUUGGGGCAAUGUCUUGCUCAUUUUAUUAUGGGAAGCGCCUUCAUUGCAUAUGGCAUCUUGCUGACAAUUCUUUUACUUGUUGGGCAAGUUUGGCUUCGCAGUACAGGCCGCAGUCAAGAAUUCUUUGAUUCUAUUGUCAUCACGUUAUGGGGCUGUAUUAACACUUUUACAGAACAUCGAUGGGGCGAGCCCUGGGGACACAACGACAUGCAACAUACAUCAAUGGGCAUCAUAUGGUGGUGCGCUGGUCUCUUGGGCCUUUUCCUCAGCAGAAAACGAAAUGGAAGACCCAGAAGAAAUAUUUUCCCGGCCAUUGUCAUUCUUUUGACUGGCUAUGCAAUGUCGUCACACCCACAGCACCUUCCAAUCAGCGCAAAACUUCACUCUGUUUUUGGAUACACACUUAUGGCCGCUGGUGUUGCUCGAAUAGUUGAAAUAUGCUUUGUGUUAAAUGAUCGAGACGCUUUCAGCCAUGACGGUACUGAAGCCAGCAGUUUCCAGUACCUUACUCCUUUUCUUCUUUAUGCUUCGGGGUUUCUCUUUAUGGGGGCAACCGAAGAGCAAAUGCUGCUUUUAGACAGUGCUGGAAUUGAUCAUGUCUCGUAUAUUCUCGUAUUGUAUAGCGUGGCAUGCCUUAUGUUCUUAUUUGUCAAUAUCCUUCUUCAUAUUUAUGGAGUUAAAGCAUUUCCUGAUACAGCGAAGUAUGAGAGAAGCGUCCGCAUUGCUGCUGCCAGGCACUCGCGACCUCCGCAGUAUCAAUAUCCCACCGCAUUUAACUUGAAUCAGCUACAACGCCAGCUUGAGCAAGUAAGUGGAUAUACUCGCCCGCACCAUGAUGCCCAGCAUAUUCGUGAUGCCCAAGAGUUCGAGCUGGAAGGAUUGAUGGGUGCGACUGAUCCGGAUAGCCCAACUACAUCCAUGCCUCCUCCUGUUCCUCCGAAGCCAGAAGUCUAA